AUGGCUUCACAGCUGCAGACAAGUUGCCCUGCAUCUUGGUGGACUAUCGGAGUUUGCAUCCUGGCGGCCGCGCUCCUACCAGGGCUGCAAGCUCAGACUGUCUUAGUCAAUGACACAGUCUCGGGGUUUAUCGGGACAGACGUGGUCCUGCACUGCAGCUUCACCAAUCCGCUCCCCAAUGUGAAGAUCACGCAGGUCACGUGGCAGAAAGCCACCAACGGCUCCAAGCAGAAUGUGGCCAUCUACAACCCUGCCAUGGGGGUCUCCAUCCUCUAUCCCUACAAAGAGCGGGUGACUUUCCGGAAUCCUUCCUUCAAAGAUGGCACCAUUCAGCUCUCUCGGCUAGAGCUGGAGGAUGAGGGAGUUUACAUCUGUGAGUUUGCUACCUUCCCAACUGGCAACCGGGAAAGUCAACUGAACCUCACAGUGCUGGCCAAGCCGACGAAUCGGAUGGAGGGCACCAAGCGGCCACUUAUUGCUAAGUCUGGCAGGACAGAAAAGAUCUUGGUAGCUACUUGCACCUCCUCUAAUGGGAAGCCCCCCAGCACUGUCACCUGGGACACCAAGCUCAAAGGGGAAGCGGAGUUUCAGGAGAUCCGGAAUAGCAAUGGCACCAUCACAGUGAUCAGCCGGUACCGGCUGGUGCCGAGCCGGGAGGCCCACCGGCAGCAGCUCAUGUGCGUGGUCAAUUACCAGCUGGACCGCUUCACCGACAGCAUGACCCUCAAUGUGCAGUAUGAGCCAGAAGUCACUAUUGAGGGCUUUGAUGGCAACUGGUUUCUCAACCGGAAGGAUGUGAAGCUGAUAUGCAAAUCUGAUGCCAACCCCCCAGCUCACACCUAUGAAUGGAAGCUGCCAAAUGGGACUCUGCCAGGGAGCGUGGAAAUCCAGAACAACACCAUCUACUUUAAAGGGCCUGUCUCCUACAGCGUCGCUGGCACCUACAUCUGUGAGGCCUCCAACGCCAUCGGUACACGGUCAGGCUUGGUGGAAGUCAAUGUCACAGAUAAGCCACUACCUCAGGGUGCCCCAGGAGGCAUUAUUGGGAUCGUGGGAGGAGUCAUCGCAGCAGCUCUCAUCAUCGGCGUGUCUGUCACCGUAAUUAUUGUCUACAGGCGGCAACAAAAGAACCGCACUGAAACGGACAAUGACCUCAUUGACUUGCCCCCGUCCCACAAACCUGCCCCUCCACCAAGGAGGAAACAGGAGAUGAAAAGCCACCUGACUGCAGAAGACAUCCAGGUUGUUCACUUAGACAACAUGAAACAUGAGGAGGAAAUCCAGAAACUCCCUUUGCAGACUCCAUACUAUGACAUGGCAGCCACUGAGCCCUCUCCCUACACUGACAAACUGAAUGAGGAUCAAGGUCUUCGUAGACGUAACGAGCGAGAGUGGACAAACUUUGGAAAGUGUCACUCAGAGAUAUCGAAUGCGAGUGAUUACCUGACCCGCUGUUACUCACAUGAAGAUCGAUAUCUGGAGAAGAUCCCUCAUGUCUAUACCCCCUUGUCAGAUCUCCCACAAGAUCUUUAUCCUCAUCAUUCUGACAUCUCCUUCUGCUGCCCACCUCCCGGUUCCCGGGCUCCUUACAUCUGUCCUAAGGAACAGUAUGUUUAA